CACGACUCGGAAGUGAAACGGCGAGUCGAUACAAACACAACAAGACUCCGCCAUGGCAACAACCGGAGCUAACGUCCUGCUUUUAUCGCUUUUUAUUAGUAGCCUGGUUUCGGCGGACGACGUCAAGUUAAAGUACAAAGCCGCCACCAAGCCGGUGAGGUUAUUCACCGAGGAGGAGCUGAAGAGGCACGACGGCAGCCAGGCGGGAGAGUCCAUACUGAUGGCGGUCAAAGGGGUGGUGUUCGACGUCACCAAGGGGAAAGAGUUUUACGGCAAAGACGCUGCAUACAACAUCUUAGUCGGCAAAGACUCCACCCGAGCCGUGGCCAAGAUGUCCCUCAGCCCUGAAGACCUGACGUCAGAUAUUACCGGCCUCACAAAGCAGCAGCUGGACUCCCUGGACAGCGUCUUUGAGGACACCUACAAAGCCAAGUAUCCAAUCGUCGGCUACACGGCGGCGCGCAUCCUCAACGAGGACGGAAGCCCCAACGAGGACUUUAAACCCGAAGACCAGCCUCACUUUAAGAUCAAAGACGAGUUUUGAAUCCAUUUUUAAAACUCUUGUACACCUUUAUCGAGUAGACCAGCUCUUCGCUUUAAUCCUCAUUUAUGGACUAGUCAGUUUUUAGAGACAGAAUUAAAUUUGGACUCAGGUCUGAGGAGAGACAUGGCCACUGUACUCUCUGGACAGUCCUGCACCACGCUCUGCCCCCAGAUUGUAGUCCUCCUUCUUUAUUUGCCUUCCCCCCCCCUGCUCACAGCUGCCUCCUGAAGGUAGUGGGUCGUAAACAGCGUUGCCUUCGGUUACCGAACAGUUCGUAGAGAUUUCGUCAAAUAGUUCAAAAAGUGUCCCAUAAAAUAGUUCAAAAAGAGUCCCAUAAAAUAGUUCAAAAAGAGUUUGUAAAAUACUUCAAAAAGAGUUCCUUUGGAAGUUGGGCAGAUCCUUGCCAACUUCCUGUUGAUUUUUGCUGAAAGAUGGAAAUUAAUGAAAUGUAGGUCUAAGUGAGACCUACAUAGAGGUUUUUGUUUCAUGUCUCUACGACAUUCCUAACGGAAGUUACAAGCAGUUUUGUCUGUGUUUUUUUCCUAGGGGCAGUUUUUUCUGUGUUUUAUUCCUAGGGGGCGCUAGAGCGCAAUUUUGGAAUUUUCGCCAUUCCUGAUGUGUGUGUCAAAUUUGGUGAGUUUUGAAGCAUGUUAAGGGGGUCAAAGUACAGCUCAAAGAGGCGGUGGAAUAAUAAUAAUAAUUAAAGCUGCAAGCAGCAUUGGUCGGGCCCGCCUUUGGCCGCUGCCAAGCCCUGGUCUAAGUCAGACCUACAUAGAGGUCUUUGUUUCAUGUCUCUACGACAUUCCUAACAGAAGUUACAAGCAAUUUUGUCUGGGUUUUUUUAUAGGGGGCACUGAAGCGCAAUUUUGAGUUUUGAGGUUUGUUUUUUUAUUAGAUGGCAAUUUUCGCCAGUCCUGAUGUGUGUGUCAAAUUUGGUGAGUUUUGAAGCAUGUUAAGGGGGUCAAAUUACAGAUCAGCGUUUCUGGAUGUUGUUGAUAAAUGGCUUUCGCUUUGCAUAGUAGAGCUUUAACUUGCACUUUGAAGCAUUUUAAGGGGGUCAAAUUACAGUUUAAAGAGGCAAAAAUGAAAUUUUUUAGGAAACUUUGCGCAGGGGUUCUUUGAAGGCGCGUAAAAUCCAAACCGGAGCAGUAAUCAAAACUUUGUUGGAUAGUUUUAAUCAAAAGGGUUCAAUCUCUCUCCUGUGCGAGUUUGAAGCCGAAACGACAAACGCACCCGGAGGAGUUUUCGCUUGAAAAAGGUGACAGGUUUUUACAAAACUUUUAUUUUGUGGUUGUAAUUUUUAACUUCCUGUUGAUUUUUGCCGAAGGAUGUCAAUUAUCUAAAUGUAGGUCUAAGUGAGUCCUACAUAGAAGUUUUUGUUUCAUGUCUUUCUGGCAUUCCUACUGGAAGUUACAAGCAAUUUUGUUUGUGUUUUCUUCCUAGGAGCAGUUUUUGCUGUGUUUUAUUCAAAAAUUGCGCUAGAGCGAAAUUUUGAGUAUUGGGAUUUGUUUUUUUCAUUAGAUCGCAAUUCUUGCCAGUCCUGAUGUGUGUGCCAAGUUUGGUGAGUUUUGAAGCAUUUUAAGGGGGUCAAAUUUCAGCUCAAAGAGGCAAAAAAUAGUAUUUUUUGCGAAAAUUUAGCUUUGAAGGGGUUUUUUCAAAAUUUUUGUUGAUUUUUGCCCUAGAAGGUAAAAUUAUGAAAUUUAGGUCUAGGUUAGACCUACGUGACAGUUUUUGUUUCAUGUCUGUACGACAUUCCUAACGGAAGUUACAAGCAGUCUGUUUUUCUUUCCUUCCUAGGGGGCGCUAGCGCGCGAUUUUGAUUUUUCUGGUUUGGCUGCCUAAUAAGUGGCAAAGGACUCUUUGCCAUGGGCCUGCGGACCCUAAUAAAACCUUAGAAAUGCAAUAGGGUCCUCUGUCCCAAAGGGACAUCGGUCCCUAAUUACAAUUAAUAAUGUUCAGGCUUAAGAGGGCAAAAGAGUGGCAAUCACAUUGGGACACGAGUACAACAGUAGGACACUUGCAUGCAAUACAGAACACAGUAGGAGUGGGAAGAACUGUAAGGGAGAGCAUUCAAGAAGGAACCCCAGACUUAGGACAUUGCACCUUAUCAAUAAGGACGUUGGAAGACAUGGACAGAAGAAGGUUACUCUCACUAAGCGGGAACCAGAACAUUUUAGUGAAGUUUCUAGACGAGGCGGGUUUAUGGAAUAGAAUUCAGUAUGAAAAGGUGUAUGUACACUGAAUAAAAAAUAUAAACACUU